UCCAAAGAGGGGAAAGCAAAUGCAGGCAAGAGGAAAAGGGGCUUUCUGCUACAGAUUUGUUCUGCAGCGGGAGAAGCAUUUCCACUACUUGAAGAGAGGCCUGAGACAGCUGACAGAUGCCUAUGAGUGUCUGGAUGCUAGCCGUCCCUGGUUGUGUUAUUGGAUCCUGCACAGUCUCGAGCUGCUGGAGGAGCCCAUCCCGGAGUCGGUGGCUUCAGAUGUCUGCCAGUUCCUAAGCCAGUGCCAGAGCACCCAGGGUGGUUUUGGAGGGGGGCCCAGCCAACACCCACAUCUUGCACCCACGUAUGCAGCUGUCAAUGCUCUCUGCAUCAUUGGUACUGAAGAGGCAUUCAAUGUCAUCAACAGGAAGAAGCUCUUAGAGUAUCUGUAUUCCCUGAAGCAGCCUGAUGGCUCCUUCCUCAUGCAUAUUGGAGGCGAGGUUGACGUCAGGAGUGCAUACUGUGCUGCCUCAGUGGCUUCGCUGACCAACAUUUUCACACCUACACUCUUUGAAGGGACAGCUGUGUGGAUAGCCAGGUGCCAGAACUGGGAGGGUGGCAUUGGUGGAGUCCCUGGCAUGGAGGCUCACGGAGGGUACACUUUCUGUGGACUAGCUGCAUUGGUCAUCCUGAAGAAGGAGCACUUGCUGAAUCUGAAAAGCUUGUUGCACUGGGUCACAAGCCGACAGAUGCGCUUUGAGGGGGGCUUCCAGGGUCGUUGUAAUAAGCUGGUGGAUGGCUGCUACUCCUUCUGGCAAGCCGGCCUGCUGCCCCUUUUACACCGAGCACUCCAUGCCAGAGGUGACACUGCCCUCAGCAUGACACACUGGAUGUUCGACCAGCAGGCACUGCAGGAGUACCUGCUGCUGUGCUGCCAGUGUCCUGCAGGAGGACUGCUGGACAAACCGGGCAAAUCACGGGAUUUUUACCACACCUGCUACUGCCUGAGUGGGCUGUCAGUAGCCCAGCACUUUGGCAGCGGAGAGCUCCUACAUGAAGUGGUGCUGGGAGUCCCUGAGAAUCGCCUUCAGCCAACGCAUCCUGUGUACAACAUCUCCCCAGACAAGGUUGUGCAAGCUGUCCUGUACUUCCUGCAGAAACCCAUCCCUAACCUGGAGCCGGAGCUAGAGCCGGAGCAGGAAGUGCCUGCAGACUAGAUGCCUCUGUGCCAUGGAAUGGACUCUGGCACCGGAUCAUCCUCCCUGGGUUCAGACCAGCCUUAGUCAUCCUGGGGCUCCUUCUUGGAGCUAACUUAGAGCGUGUGCCCCCUCUUGACUUACCCACAAGAGCUCAGGAUGCUAGCCAUACCAAAAAUAACCUGCUCAGUAAUCGCUGCACCAGGCUGUAAGCACAGGGAGUGUGCAGCCUGCUCACUAGCAUGUAGAAGAGGCAGAGGCCCCACUAAUCCUCCAUAUGAAUUAAAAUAAUGAUUUGUGUGAAUCAUUUAGCAUCAAUAAACCAGAGCUAAUAUAUGUUAUUUCCUUUGCACUGUGCUAAGCCUCUAACGGAAGCAGCAGCCUUCUCCCCUGUGUGCUGGAAGUGGCCUGGGUUUCUGGGCUUGUGUCCUGUUGGGCAACAGUGUUGUGGAGAGGUGACUCUGUAAAUGAGCUGGGAGGAAAUGCUCCAGCCUUUUGAUCACCAAACACGGGGCUGCAGCUUGCAGAGUCGGGUACAGAGGAGCAGAGGAUGCACGGCUUCUUUGUGCAUGGCUGGGGUUAGCUGAGCUUUUUCUGAUCCAUCUGGUCCCUUGCCAGUUGGCCCCAACCAGCCCAGGAAGCUGAUGUAAUGUUGCUGCUGCAGUGGUUUAACCAGUCUCUCCUGUUUCUGCGCUCAACGUCAGGCUGGCCCCCCUGCUCAUCCACACCAGACUUAACUCCCCAGGCCAGGAGGAGUCCUACAGGCAACUGAUGGGGUUGGGAUUCAGUCCACUGCCCCCAUCCCUGUCCCAUGUCAGGUCAAAGCUGGGAAUGUGCCUGUUUCCAAAGCAGCAUAGACUUCAGGAACGCCUUGCCUGGGGCCAGCUGCAGAAACAACCACUGUAGCAACAAACGUGGGAUUUCCCACCCUGAGCAGGAUCCAGGGUGAAACAGGGACAGGCCUGUUUCUUAUCUGUCCAGGGACCCAAUUGCAUCAUCUUGGAUGGAACGUUUCUUGCCUCUGCUAAUAAAUCCAUAAUAAAGGCUAAUGUGUUUUCUUA